CACGUGUUCUGUUUUAUUUCGUUUCUCCUGAUACUUUUGUGUUAACACCUUCCGACGGAAUAUACAUUUUUCGUCGGCAUUACUAAAUAGUAACACUAGUUAUUGUUUAAAUAACAAUUUAUUCUUUUGCCUAAAUCUAAACAUGGGCUAUGAUGAUCGUGAACGUGACCGUGACCGCGAUCGUCGUCGCCAUCGUUCACGCUCUCGUGACCGCCAUCGCGAGCGCUCCAGGGACCAUCGUCAUCACCGCAAUUCGCGCCGCAAGCCAUCCCUCUACUGGGAUGUGCCCCCACCAGGAUUUGAGCACAUUACUCCGAUGCAGUACAAAGCAAUGCAGGCCUCCGGACAGAUACCGGCCAGCGUUGUCCCAGACACUCCUCAGACAGCCGUGCCAGUUGUCGGUUCAACCAUAACCCGCCAGGCACGACGCUUGUACGUCGGCAACAUUCCGUUUGGCGUCACCGAGGAGGAAAUGAUGGAGUUCUUUAAUCAGCAAAUGCAUUUAGUUGGCCUGGCCCAAGCUGCCGGCAGUCCAGUACUUGCUUGCCAAAUCAAUUUGGACAAGAAUUUCGCUUUCCUUGAGUUUCGUUCAAUAGACGAGACCACUCAAGCAAUGGCUUUCGACGGCAUCAAUUUAAAAGGGCAAUCCCUGAAGAUAAGGCGGCCGCAUGAUUACCAGCCUAUGCCGGGCAUAACAGAUACUCCGGCCAUUAAACCCGCUGUUGUUUCCAGUGGAGUUAUCUCGACGGUGGUACCAGACUCGCCCCACAAAAUAUUUAUUGGCGGUCUGCCCAACUAUUUAAAUGACGAUCAGGUUAAGGAACUGUUGCUCUCAUUUGGAAAGCUACGUGCAUUUAACCUUGUUAAAGACGCUGCAACCGGGUUAUCAAAGGGGUACGCCUUUUGUGAAUAUGUAGACCUAAGCAUCACCGAUCAGUCAAUUGCUGGCUUAAAUGGAAUGCAACUGGGCGACAAGAAACUUAUCGUACAACGUGCCAGCGUUGGGGCCAAGAAUGCACAGAAUGCCUCAAACUCUAGUCAGUCCGUUAUGCUGCAGGUGCCAGGACUGUCGACAGUCGUUAGUAGUGGUCCACCCACAGAGGUGCUUUGUCUGCUUAAUAUGGUCACGCCCGACGAGCUACGCGAUGAGGAAGAAUACGAAGACAUACUGGAGGACAUCAAGGAGGAGUGUACAAAGUAUGGUGUGGUGCGAAGCGUCGAAAUACCACGACCCAUCGAGGGCGUUGAGGUACCUGGAUGCGGCAAAGUCUUUGUCGAAUUCAAUUCGGUUCUCGAUUGCCAAAAGGCACAGCAGGCCCUUACCGGACGCAAGUUCAGCGAUCGCGUCGUUGUUACUUCAUACUUUGAUCCUGACAAAUACCAUAGACGCGAAUUUUAGAUAAAAACUACAACAACAAAAAC